UAAUAUCUGUGUUUUGAUGUGAUCACCUUUCGUCGAUGCCGAAAACUGCUGUAAAACGUUGCAAAUUACCCUAGCUUCUCUGAGACUAUAAUGAAUAAGGCUUCUGAUAGAUAUGCGACUGGAAUUUAAGUUUUUGUUAGGUAUGACAAACUGAUGAAAAGAAGAUGAGUACUGAAAAGAAACCAAAGCCUCCCAGGCCACCUGCACCCAACCUGGCUGCAAAGAAGAGCAUCAAGAAACAAGCAUCGUCUGGGUUGUCCUUUAGCUUCAAUGACUUGAAGGCAGUGGACAGCGAUGAAGAAGACAAGAGUUUUGCUCGCUUCACGAAACCUGAACGGGACGAUCCCUUGUCCGACCCGACAAAGAUUAAAGAGAUGAAGCCCUUGACAAAUACUAACCAUGACCUCAAAACCAAAGAGAUGAAACCUUUGACUCAUUCUAACAACGGUGCCACAUCUGGAGAGUUCCGACCUUUGCAGAAGGAAGACAAAGACUCAUCGUUUGAGGACAUCUUUGAUGCUGUCAAUCGUCUCCCAAGUUCUAAGCCGAUAGCCGUGUCAAAACCUGUUACAGAGCAGGUUAAAAAGGUGCAAGAGGAGGUUAAAAGAACAAGAUCAUCGCCUCCAAGAAGUAGUGGCAACACUGAGAACAGGGAAAGUGAUGGCAUAAAAAAUAAACCAAAGCUCCAGAAGGGAGGGUCAGGCAUUUUGAGAGUAGCAACAGAAGUCCUUGAGGAGAAAGAAAAUGAAUCCUACCAGUUGCCAUCAGAUUCACAAGAGGCCCUUGCAGAUCCUCUGAGCUUCCUUGACAAAGUCAUGGAAGACCAACUAGAAAGUAGCUUUGACGAUGAUGAUAAUGUCCUUGAAAAGGGUGGUCAUGUGAGAAAGAGGAGACAAAGUGGGAAUGGCAAGAAGAAGGUCCUUCAACAGCAGCCACGUACUAAGAGCUUGGAUGCAGAUAUCAAUCAGAGCAGUUCUAAGGUGGAGCACGAGGACUCGAUGGAUAUCAAUCCUUGCUACUUCAAUGUCCCUACCCCAGCAGAGCUCAAGGAUGAACCCACAAGACGACCAGACAGCAUUCCCAACUCUCGAUCAGGUCCAAAGUCUCAAGCCAAAGGGAUAUCUCUCUCUGGUCUUCUAGCCUCCCCAGACAUCACAGAAGAAGACAACGACAAGCCAAGCACCAAUGUCAACUCAGAUGGCUUCCGAACUCCAGACAUGCCUCCGGAUGACACCGAUUGGGUGACCAUAGAAAAGAAGCCUCAUGCAGGCACAUCUAGCCCUCCUCCAUCAUCCAAUCAGCUCCUGUCACCGGAAGAAGAGAACAAAACUGUCAAAGCAACUCCUCAAGGUCUCUUCCCAUCCUUGCCCUUCUACACCCUCUAUACCCUCACAUUCCUAACCUUUCUGUACUUCAUGUUCCCUCUGCCGACCUACAUCACUGGCUUCCUAACCGGUCUCCUGUGUUCCUUCUACCUUGUGCUGUUCUUGAUCUGGAUGAACCUGCCACCGACGGACAAGUCUUUCAAGGAGACGGAGGGUUCUGGUGGGGGCCCUCCUCUUGUCAUCCCAGGGCCUCGCCUGACCGCAUCCAAGAUCAGGUCCAAAGAACAAGAGAAAGUCACCUUGAAGGGCUGGAUGAAUGAGUUAACCACACCCUAUGAUCCGGAGACCUAUCACGUCAAUCAAACACAUUCCAUCUAUGUGCGCCUCGAAGGCCACAGCCUGAGACUGUCCAAACCAAAGCAGAAUAUAGCCCGUAGGUCCAUGUUUGACGAGCCUACACCCCGUCCAGAGUUCAUUCACCAACGUAUCUACGACAUACGGGGAAGCCACGUGUACCUUCAACCCGAGGGUCUCGUGAAGAAGCGCUUAUGGAGUAAGAAAUACCCGCUAUUCAUAGAGUUACCAAAGAAAGGGAUUUCGGUUGAGAAGAAGGAUGUCUCGCCUCCGGACGAUGAAGCAGCUCAGGGCUUGGGCUUUGAUGUCAUCAAGAAAGACGAAUGCGACGACAAAGUCUUGGUGUUGUUUGCGAGGACAGGUCGUGAGAAAGAAGAAUGGUUUUGGAAAUUUGAAGCAGCGUCCCUCGCUACCAAGGUCCGUCCAAUCCAAACACUUCACAAGAAGGUGUUUCUCAUCGGGAACGACAUCAUCGGGGAAGACGGGAACCCGAUGUACAGGGUGGACCCUGACGACAUGACGUCCCGCAAGUCCAUGGUGGACUUCUACAAGUUCCUUGCCAAGGUGAUGCCCAAGGAGAAGGAUGUCAAGGAGCUCCUCGUCCAGGACGUGAAGGCCAAGGCUGGAGGUGUGACCUACGCCAGCCCUGGUCGUCGACCAGGGAAGAGCGGAUCAGAGCGGGAGAUGAGUAGCAUACCCGGUGCAAUCAGCAACGAUGCUCCGGUAGCUUGGGUCAAUGCUUUUAUAGGAAGGUUCUUCUGGGACUUCUUGAGAGAACAACAGUGGGCGGACCUCAUCCAGACUAAACUACAAAAGAAGCUUUCCAAGUUAAAGAUACCCCACUUCAUGGAGGCCCUGACCAUCACCGGGACGGACCUGGGACUCAACGCUCCCACGAUACGCAAGGCAUCCAAGCCCACGGUGGACUCUAGGGGCAUGUGGGUGGAUCUGGAGAUGCACUACGGUGGCUCCUGCUGGAUGACGCUCUCCACCAAGUUUAACCUGUGGAAGCUGGGCAAGGACACCCGCAUGGAGAGGGAGAUGGAGGACCUCAUGUCCGGCAAGAAGGAGGGUAUCGAGAAGCUGGAAAGCACUACAAUGUACUCCAGCAAAACAGGCAGUGCUGCCAUUUCUAACAAAAAGCAUGCUUUAGGCAACCCUGGUUACCCAUCCCCUACUACUACUGUACGUAGUAAAGACAGGAGGCAGAUGUCUGCUGCCCUCGACAGUGAAGAGGAGGACAGUGCGGAGUCCUCGGAUGAUGAGGUGGCGGAGGAGACAAACAGUACUACUAGCAGCAAUGAUGCAGGACUCGCAGAAGACGGAACUCGUAGCUCCAGCAAGAUACUGAGGUUUGUGAACAAGGUUGCCAACUCAAACUACUUCCAGAGGGCCACGCAGAAUAAGUACGUCAAGCGAGCCUUCAACGAAGUGUCUAACACCGCAGUGGAGCUCACAGUGGAGGUGAAGGAACUGAGAGGAGUGCUGACUGUGAACAUUCCACCACCGCCAUCUGAUAGAGUAUGGUAUGGAUUCCGUGGGAAGCCUCACCUGUGGUUGUCAGCCAAGCCUAAGCUAGGGACGAGACAGGUCACCAUCACACACAUCACCGAGUACAUCGAGAAGAAACUAGAGAAAGAGUUUCAGAGAGUCUUUGUGCUGCCCAACAUGGACGACAUACCCAUGCCAAUCAUGAACUUUGACGUUGAGGAGCAUCGCUUUGCCAGAUGAUGAAUCACCCAGCCUCGGCCCCCUUGGACUCCCCCCGCCCUCGCCCCGGAGGGUCAGUAUGUCCCUCUCCAUCUCUCAGCCCCCAUUGGUCAACGUUUCCAGACAGCAGAUGGACGCAUCGUAUUGUGACAAAAGUCAACUGCAGCAGUGUGCUUGUUCCAUUCUGCCAACCGACGUGGACGAAGGGUUAAACCCCCUACAGCUUGGACGACCCCAGUAUAGCUUCCCAAGUGAGCUGCCAAAGGGAUUUAACUCAACCAAGUACCAAGGACGCACACCAAAUCAUCAGCUGAGAGCCAGAAGGGCGUUAAGUGCUAUCGUUGGACACAGUAAAUGCCUUUUUUGCUCCCAACGAACAAAGCAUGCUGUGCGUCAUUUAAUUUUGAACGAAUUAAGAAGAUUGCAAUCGAUUGUGUACAAUAGAAAUGGAGGAAAUAAUUAUAAUUGUUACAUCUAUGCUUCGAAGUGUCCACCUUAUGAGGACAUGAUUGAUAUGAGGUAGGAAUAUAGAACAUAGGGGAGUAAAAACAGAUAAAAUGAUAGAUGGAAGAAUACAAGAAUAUCAAUAUUAGAAGAAGAAAAAAUCAGAUAACAGGGCAAUGAAAGCUAGUAAAAACCUACGGUCAUUGUGUUUUUAAAUAGUUAUAAAAUAGUAAGGAGCUUGAAAGGCUACAUGAAAAAUACCUAGCUAAAAAAAAAAUAUUAAAAAAUGGCCUAAGUAUCCAUGAACUGAAUGCUAUUAAAGAAGCUUGAUAGUGGAGUUAUAUUGUGUCGAAAUUUUUCGGUUGAAAUGCUGAAAAUACAUACAAAGAGUAAAAGCUCAAAUAUACCUUCCAGUUCCUGCCAGCCAUCUUUGCACCUAAUAUUCAUAAUCAUCUUCAUAAUAUGGUAUUUCCACAGUUAGAUUUGAAGGAUAGCAGCUUCCACAUUUCUGUGACAUACCCAUUUCAACCCAUUGCCUGUGGGAACCAAGGCCCUGUUUCACAAAACUUGAAAUCAAUAACAAGUUACAAGCUACUGUUAUAAGCUACUGAAAUCAUGGCAUCUGAUUGGCUGAGAGAAAAUUUGUUAUAGAUAACAAGUUUUAUGAAACGGGGGCCCCUGGUGAUUCUUGUAUGAAGCGUAUGGGAAGGAAAGAAUGUGGUAGCCAAUGGGCUAAAGAAGCCCCGAGUAGGCCAAAUGUUUGCAGAAAACAGAGGAAUGGGGGGCAUGUUUGAAAGCUUUAAAGCCUGUCUGUACUAGUUUGGCCUGGGGGAUUAGACCUCCCUGCAAGGUCACUGACACAUGGUUAUCUCAUCAAA